AUGGGGUCGCUCACUGCCAUUUCGGAGAACGUUUUCGCCUAUGGAAUCGGUGGAUUGGCAAGAUUGGUAUCCGGGGCGGCUCUGGUAGGGGGAGCGUCCAUGCUUUUGAAGACAUGGAUAAUUCGGGAGCGUUUCAGUACACCUCUCGCGCCUGCGCUGUUCAUCAUAUCCGGGAUUUUCACCGCCCUGUCCGGCCUUUGCGCCGUUGUACUGGCGGCGACAGCGCCGGAUAUGGUCGCAUUUGGCGCACCCAGCCCCUCAACUGAGGUGAUAGCGUCAUUCAGGUGGAUGGCAGGGAAGGUAGGCUUUACGAUGGCUGGUCUGGCGCUGAUUGCCGAGUCGCGCUAUCAGUGGAAGGUGGGAGGGACUCUGAGGCUCAUUGCGCCCAUAUCCGCGCUCCUUGGAGCAGCCAUGCAGAUCAUCUGGCUGGAUGCCGCUAUCGCCGUUCAUCAGAUCACCGGCGUGCUGUUCGUCGUGUGGCUUAUGCUCAUGGGAGAGGACGCCGGCAUGACCGCCCCACUAAUCGAGUGCAGAGGUGCGACGAAGAGCUUUGGGGACUUGCUCGCGGUGGACGAUGUGAGUUUCCGCCUCAUGCCGGGCGAAGUGCUGUCUAUACUGGGCGCGAGUGGCUGUGGAAAGACCACACUGUUGCGGAUCAUCGCAGGCUUCGAGGGACUGGACGACGGGGAAGUGCGUUUUCAGGCUGGUCUGGUAUCUGAUUCUGAUCAUUACGUGCCCCCUGAGAGGCGAAAUGUCGGCAUGGUGUUCCAAGAGUACGCUCUCUUUCCCCAUCUGACUGUGGCGGAGAAUGUCGCGUUUGGGCUUCACGGCAUGUCGAAAGGUGAGCAGCGCAGCCGCACUCAAGACGCUCUGGAUCUCGUUCGUCUGAACGGGUUUGAAUCUCGAUAUCCGCAUGAGCUUUCAGGUGGUCAGCAGCAGCGCGUAGCGCUUGCCCGGACGCUUGCGCCGUCUCCUAUCGCAGUCCUUCUGGACGAGCCGUUCAGCAACCUUUGA